AUGACAGGUUACGACAGCACUUCUAUCGCGUGGCUCGACAUCGACGGGUCGAACAACAUCAUCCCCGCUUCCCAAUUAUCAAAUACGUGGGUUAUCUUAGGCACGAAGAACGAGACGUGGAAGCAACCGGGCUGUGCGGACUACGAUCUGCGCAGUGAUUAUGGCUACAUUACGGAUAAGAGACGCCAAAGUUGUGACUGCAAAUUCGCCAACGGCACCACUGUAACCGCCGCCGAACAAAGAGACCUCUGGCAGCACACCUCGUUCAAUCAAUACGACGAUCUUUUGUUCAAUUGCACCUUCGACUUCCCCAACAACACACAGACCUGGACGGAAGAAAAGGUCUACAAUCAAGACUCCAUCACUCAUCUCUGCAACACCAGCGUCUCCGUCCCUGUGGGUGGCAAAACGUACAACGCCGACGACCUCGUCGGAGACUACGGGUACUGCUACAAUAGCAUAGGGUAUCAGUACGACUCGCUCAUCGGGAAAAGCCGCUGCCUCCCCGACACCGCCAAUCCAACCUACCAAUGGGGUUUCUCGACACUCAUGGCUGGUUUGUUCAUGUUUGUGACGAGUGCCUGGGUGUUUAGUAUAGGGUGCGGCGAAGUCACCCAUGUCACCAACACCCUUGUUAUCAACGCCAAGUCCUACUUUCGCGUCGGCGGGCAAGGAGAAAGCGUGGAUGGCUUCUCCGACUGA